GCUGCAGGAAUGGAACGUUGCUAGAGUGCGCGGGUCUGGCUGCUGGGGGCUAGAACCUCACGCUGGGAGCUGUCGCGCGCCAAAGCGGGAAUCUGGGAGGCGGGCAGUUGUGCAAUUAAUGCAGGUAUUUAAAACUCCYGAACCUGUGGACGCCAUGCACAGGAAGCACCUCCAGGAGAUUCCGGACCAGAGUAGCAACGUUACCACCAGCUUCACGUAGGGAUGGGAUUCUAGCAAGACUUCUGAACUGCUGUCAGGCAUGGGGGUCUCCGCCCUAGAGAAGGAGGAGGUGGACAGUGAGAACAUCCCCCAGGAACUGCUCUCUAACCUGGGCCACCCUCAGAGCCCCACACGAAAAUGGCUGAAAAGCAAAGGGAGUGACAAAGACUUUGUGAUCAUCCGCAGGCCUAAACUCAAUCGAGAGAACUUCCCMGGUGUUUCGUGGGACUCCCUCCCAGAUGAGCUGCUCCUGGGGAUCUUCUCUUGCCUCUGCCUCCCCGAUCUGCUGAAAGUCUCCGGCGUUUGUAAGAGGUGGUACUGCCUCGCGUUUGAUGAAUCUCUCUGGCAAACCCUGGACCUCACAGGUAAAAAUCUGCACCCAGAUGUGAUCGUUCGUCUGCUGUCUCGAGGCGUGGUGGCCUUCCGCUGCCCCCGAUCAUUUGUGGACCAACCCUUGGUUGAACAUUGCAGCCCUUUUCGUGUCCAGCACUUGGAUCUGUCUAACUCAGUUAUAAACSUAUCUACCCUCCAUGGCAUUCUGUCUCAGUGCUCCAAGUUGCAGAAUCUAAGCCUGGAAGGCCUCCAGCUUUCUGAUCCCAUUGUCAAUAAUCUUGCGCAGAACUCAAAUUUAGUACGACUCAACCUUUGUGGGUGUGCUGGAUUUUCUGAGUCUGCCCUGAAGACUCUGCUAAGCAGCUGUUCCAGACUGGAUGAGCUGAACCUCUCCUGGUGCUAUGAGUUCACUGAAAAGCACGUGCAGGUGGCUGUCGCACAUGUGUCAGAGACCAUCACCCAGCUGAAUCUUAGUGGCUACCGAAAGAAUCUUCAGAAAUCAGAUGUCUCUACCUUAGUCAGAAGAUGCCCCAACCUUGUCCAUCUGGACUUAAGUGACAGUGUCAUGCUAAAGCAUGACUGCUUUCCAGAAUUUCUCCAGCUCAGCUACCUCCAACACCUGUCACUCAGUCGGUGCUAUGAUAUAAUUCCUGAAACUCUACUUGAACUUGGAGAAAUUCCCACACUAAAAACACUAMAAGUUUUUGGAAUCGUGCCAGAUGGUACCCUUCAACUGUUASGGGAAGCCCUUCCUCAUCUGCAAAUUAAUUGCUCCUAUUUCACCACCAUUGCCAGGCCAACUGUCAGAAACAAAAAGAACCAGAAGAUAUGGGGCAUCAGGUGCCGACUGACACUGCAAAAGUCCAGCUGUCUAUGAAAUUAUUUCUUGUAGGAUGGUGUCUCCUCUUCCUUUGGAAUGGGGAAAGYAGGC